GUUCCUGACAGCUGCGGGAUUCUCAUGGACUUAUUUAUCUCGGGAUUCAUGGAGCGCGAAUGUUCAACUGGCAACUUCUGAGCGAUCGUGAGGCCUGUGCGGAGAAGCAGAUCUGCGAACAGUAAAGGUAGGAGAAAGGAAACUGGAUUCAUAAAUGGACAAAAUGGAGGAGAUGUACCUGAAUGUCCAGGAGAUUCCAGAGUUGAGCCAUAAAUGUGAAGAGGUGACCUUAGAAGAAGAGCGUAAUGAUGAGAAAAAUGAAAAUCUCAUGCUUCACAGGAGCCUCCAUUUCAUGGAUACCACCGACGAAAUAAGUGUGCACAUUAAGAAAGAGGACUGUGAAUGGGAAUCGGUGCACUAUCAGCCAGGGAGUCUGGGCGUUAAGGAGGAGGAUUGUGAAUGGGGGUCAACUGGCAUUAAAGAAGAACUGGAGCCAAAGUCUAUUAGCACUGACAUUCAGAAAAAUGAAAUUCUAAACACCAUCAAGGAAGAAGCCGUUAAAGCAGAGUCUGUCUCUCCGUAUGUCUGUCCAGAUGAAAGGGUGUCUCAGUUAGGCUUCACACUGAGCAGUGAGCAGGCCCUUCAGCAUCAUUCGUACCAUCUGAAGUCGGAAUCUUCAGAGGCGGACAUGAAGAGGACUGAGAGAGCAUCAUGUUCAAAUCAUUCUGGAGAUGAUUUACAAGAGAAGGGCUAUAUCCAUCCUCCAUCAUUUAUUCAAAAUUCUCUUCAGUGCAAGCCGCAGCAGACACUACAUGUUGAAAAUAUGAACAUAUUGAGUUCUGGACCAGCACUUUUAAUACCAAACAGUUUACAGUUUAAUUCUCCCUGCAAUUUGACACUAACAAGGACUAAUAUAAUAAUUAUUCAACAGAAUUUGAAAACUUCAGAUUCCUCAACUUUGCCUACUUAUACAGAGAUGAGAAAAACUGUUAAAGGUGAAUCUAAAUUCAAAGAUAAUGAAAUGAACUAUUUAAGAUGGAAAUCAUUUUGCUGUUCUAUAUGUCAGAAACAAUUCUCUAACAGUAGCCUUCUUAAAAGGCACUUCAGAAUUCACACUGGGGAGAAGCCGUAUUGCUGUUCUGUAUGUGGAAAAAAGUUCACCAACCAUGGCAGUUUUCAGACCCAUACUAGAAUGCAUACUGGAGAGAAGCCAUAUUGGUGUGCUGAAUGUGGGAAACGAUUUUCUAGCAGGAGCAAUCUUCAGACCCACAAAAGAAUUCACACUGGAGAGAAACCAUUUUGCUGCUCUGAAUGUGGAAAAGGAUUUUCCAAGAAAAGCAGCCUGCAGUCCCACUCAAGUGUUCACACUGGAAUGAAACCAUAUUGCUGUUCUGACUGUGGAAGAAGAUUCACCAGGAAUACCAGUCUUCAGAAUCACGUUAGAAUUCACAUUGGAGAGAAGCCCUAUUGCUGUUCUGACUGUGGGAAAAGAUUCACCAACAAUAGCAGUCUUUACAUCCACGCUAGAAUUCACACUGGAGAGAAGCCACAUUGCUGUUUUGAAUGUGGGAAACAAUUUUCCAAAAAGAGUAGUCUUCAGACCCACACGCGAAUUCACACUGGAGAAAAACCAUAUUGCUGUUCUGAAUGUGGUAAACGAUUCUAUAUGAGUAGCCACCUUAAUGCCCACACUAGAAUUCACACUGGAGAGAAGCCAUAUUCCUGCUCUGACUGUGGAAAACGAUUUGCCACAAACAGCAGUCUUCAGAUCCACACAAGAGUUCACACUGGGAAAAAGCCAUAUUGUUGUCCUGAAUGUGGUAAACAAUUCUCCAACAAUAACACUCUUCAUGUGCACACAAGAAUUCACUCUGGGGAGAAACCAUAUUGCUGUUCUGAGUGUGGUAAACGAUUCUCCACAAAGAGCAUUCUUCGGGUUCAUAUAAGAAUUCACACCGGUGAGAAGCCAUAUUGCUGUUCUGAAUGUGGCAAGCAAUUCUCAAGUAACGGCAGUCUUUUGAAACAUGUGAGAAUUCACACCGGAGAGCGGCCGUACUCCUGUACUGAAUGUGGCAGACAAUUCUCACAAGUCGGCAAUCUUAAGACCCAUAUAAGAAUUCACACAGGAGAAAAAAAAAAAAAAAAAAAACAAGUGCCAAGAAGUACAAUGGAUGUGAAAGAGGAGACAUGUGAGGCUGGCAUAAAUAUCACAGAGAAAAGGACCAUCAGUGUUAAGGAGGAGGACUGUGAAUGGGAGUCUGUCUACCCUAAACAGGAUAGUCUGGAUAUUAAGGAGGAGGACAGUGAACUGGGGUCAGUGGGCAUUAAAGAAGAGGCUGAAGAGAAGGCUGUCAGUAUUGUGACACACAAACCAAAAUGUGUGGACAGUGUCAAGGAAGACCGCCUUCAUGAUGGGUGUCAAGAUGGAGUGGUGACCAGGUUAGACUCUUCUCAAAGUAGACACUGUGCAUCUCCAGAGCCUUCUGUCACUGUGAAGUCUGAAUUAUUACAGUCUGACACAAAGAGGACUGAGGAAACUAUACCUGUUAGAACCCGGGGAAAUCAGCCACCAACUACAAAGAAGUCUGGGAAACGAAAGAGAUGUCACUGCUGUUUGGAAUGUGGUAAACAAUUUCUUGACAGGAGUCAUCUUCAGACACAUACGAGAAUUCACACUGGAGAGAAGCCAUAUUGCUGUAAUGAAUGUGACAAACGGUUUUCAAGAGGAAGCACUCUUAAGAACCACAAAAGAAUUCACACUGGAGAGAAGCCAUAUUGUUGUAAUGAAUGUGGGAAACACUUUUCAAGAAGAAGCUCUCUUCAGAGCCACAAAAGGAUUCACACACGAGAAAAGCCAUAUUGCUGUAAUGAAUGUGGCAAACGAUUCUCACAAAUUGGCAAUCUUCAGAUCCACAAAAGAAUUCACACAGGAGAGAAGCCAUAUUGCUGUUCUGAAUGUGGCAAACAGUUCUAUCAGAAGAGUCUUCUUCAGAGACACAUUAGAAUUCAAACUGGUGGGAAGCUGUAUUGCUGUUCUGAAUGUGGCAAACAAUUCUCUGAUAGGAGUUCUCUGCGGAGACAUGUUAGAAUUCACACGGGAGAGCAGCCAUAUUGCUGUUCUGAAUGUGGCAAACGAUUCUCUGAUAGUAGCCAGCUUGAGAUCCACACAAGAACUCAUACUGGGGAGAAGCUAUAUAGCUGUUUGGAAUGUGGCAAACAGUUUUCACGAAUGAGCCAUCUUCAGAGCCACACAAGAACUCACACUGGAGAGAAGCCAUAUUGCUGUUUGGAAUGUGGCAAAAUGUUUUCACGAAUGAGUCAUCUUCAGAGACACACAAGAACUCACACUGGAGAGAAGCCAUAUUGCUGUUUGGAAUGUGGCAAACAGUUUUCACGACUGAGCCAUCUUCAGAGCCACACAAGAACUCACACUGGAGAGAAACCAUAUUGCUGUUUGGAAUGUGGCAAAAUGUUUUCACGAAGGAGUGAUCUUAAGAGGCACACUAGAAUUCAUAAAGGAGAAAAGCCCUUAGAAGUACAUUAGAGGUGGGUGAUGCCUGAAGGAGUCAAAAAACUUCCUGCCCACAAGUCUUGAGUACAUUUACCUGGUGCGCUUUUUUUUAUAAGUUGGGUCAUUCCAUGUCAAAUCAACCAAUGGCCCAAGUACUUCAGACUUAAAAAUUCUACCAUGUUAGUCAGGAGACACCCUGUAAUU